AAAGGAGGAAGCAAGAUGGCGGAGGCCUCCCCGCAGCCGGGACGGUAUUUUUGCCACUGCUGUUCGGCCGAGAUCGCGCCGCGCUUACCGGAUUACAUUUGCCCAAGGUGCGAAUCUGGUUUUAUUGAAGAGCUGCCUGAAGAACCAAGAAAUGUUGAAAAUGGGUCCAGCUCUUCAGCCUCGACCAGUGACCAGGCCAGACAUCCGUUUGAGAAUGUGGAUCAACCCCUCUUCACCCUCCCGCAGGGCUACGGCCAGUUUGCCUUUGGGAUAAUCGACGACAGUUUUGAGUUCCCGGCCUUUGGGUCCAACACACAAACAGAAGAUAACCGCGAUGCUGAGAACAGGCGGGAGAGGGAACAUCAGUCUCGGCACCGAUAUGGAGCCAGGCAACCUCGGGCUCGUUUCACCGCACGACGGGCGGCUGGCAGACAUGAGGGAGUCCCCACACUAGAAGGAAUUAUCCAGCAGCUGGUCAACGGAAUUAUAGCACCGACCACGAUACCAAAUCUCGGAGUGGGACCUUGGGGAGUCUUGCAUUCAAAUCCCAUGGACUACGCUUGGGGCGCCAACGGCUUGGAUGCCAUUAUUACUCAGCUGCUGAAUCAAUUUGAAAACACCGGCCCACCUCCUGCAGACAAGGAGAAGAUUCAGGCCCUUCCAACCAUUCAUAUAACAGAGGAACAUGUCGUUUCGGGGCUGGAAUGUCCCGUCUGUAAGGAAGAUUAUGAAGUUGGCGAGAGCGUGCGACAAUUACCCUGCAAUCACCUCUUCCAUGAUGGCUGCAUAGUCCCGUGGCUGGAACAGCAUGACACCUGCCCAGUGUGUCGGAAAAGUUUAAGCGGGCAGAACACGGCUACAAACCCACCUGGACUCUCCGCAAUGAAUUUUGCUUCCUCCUCGUCAUCUUCCUCCUCCUCUUCUUCCUCCAGUUCACCAAGUAACGAAAACUCCGCAAACAACUCAUGAAUCUUUAAAAACAAGCA